AUGUUAAAAUUUGUAAAGUGGGCGACAGCAAAAGCCAUCAAAGCCUGGCCAGGCAGUGACCUCGAUGCCGCCACUCCCCACGAGCGGUUUUGCAGAGGUAUACGUGACAGGAGCGUUUUAAUGGACUCUGAGGGAGUCCAAAAUGUGAUGCGAAGUGGGUUGUUGAAUGGAUAA